AUGUCGGAUGCUCCCAAGAGGAAACAGGGCGGCCAAGGCGGCGGUGGAGAUAGGCCCUUUAAGAAGAGCAAGGGCGGCAACGCGGGGGCCUGGCAGACGACGGCGCACAAGUUGAACCUGGCCAAGCUGAGUGAGAAGGAUGCGCAUCUCGAGGCCGGAGGGCAGGGUAUCUGGGUGACAUUUGUCCGGGGCAUGGACCGCAAGGCGAUUGUCGAGUUUGAGAAGCUCUGCAACGAGCUCGGCGAGACGAUGUACGGGAUUGCACCUCCUGCGGACGAGGCGGCGGUGCCCGGGGAAGACGACGAGGACGACAUUGAGGCGUCGAUCCGCAAGGAGAUGGAGGGUUUCAAGUCUCAGGAGCCCAAGCCCAAGGGGGCGUUCGCCAUUGUGCGUGCCGACAUUGAGUGCGUCUUCUUCCUCAAAACGCGGGAGCCCGUCGACCCUGUCGCGUUGUGUCGGCGCAUGUGCACGGAUGCCAAGGGGUGCGCCACCGUCAUGGAGAGGAAGACCAGGCAGGCGCUCGCACCGUGGUUCCAGGGCGUCAAGGCGGAGGAUGCGAGCGAGGACGCGCAGAAGGACGCUGCUGGCGAGGGUCAGGCGCCUUACACGUACGCGAUCAGGCCUUCGAUCCGUGCCAACAGCGACAUCAAGCGCAACGAGGUCAUUGAUCAGGUGGCGGGCUUGAUUGGCAAGCAACACAAGGUCAACCUGGAUAAUCCAGACAAGGUCAUCCUUAUUGAUGUUUACAAGAACUUCUGCGGCAUGAGCGUCGUCGAUGGAAAGGAGUGGGAGGAGCUCAAGCGCUACAACAUCAACGAGCUUCACAAGGCAGUAGCGAAGCCCAAGGGAGGCAACAAGGCGGCUGAGGCUGAUGCUGUGGCUGCGUCUUCAGACGCGCCGGCGCCCGUGGUUGUAAAUGAGACGCACGACGAGGAGGCGAAAGCGAGCUCGUGA